AUGAAUCAUCCGCCACCCCUCGAGGCGGUUGAAUAUCUCAUCCCUAGUAAUCGAAGGGUGAAAAGCGCCCCACGUGCAAUAUUAUCAAUACAAAAAUCAGAGGUAAUAAAAUGUAAUAAACAUUUUAUUACUUCACGAAUUGAUGAUCAAAUUGUUCAUCAUAGAAUUGAAUACAACAUGGAAAUUUGUAACUCGCACAAGUCCAACAAAGAUGAUGCACGAGAUACUAAGCGCUGCUUACGUAGAAGGAGUAUGGGCAGCGUUGAGAGAAGGAGACCAUGCAGAGGCACUCGAAAGGAAUUGAAAGAAGGAAUUGUUGAUCCUACUCAACUACCGAAGCAAAGUCAAGCCACGGUUUCUCUACGAAGUAUGCACGCCUUUGAUCAUCAUCGUCCACUUAUAUGUGCUGUUGCACCAUUUUUUGUAAGAACCGAAAAGUAA